AUGGUUGAUGAAGAAAUUCUAACCUCCAUACUUGGCGAGGAGAAAAGCUCAAGUGAUAACAGCUUCGACUAUCGAUAUACUUGCUGGCUUUGGAUCGGUGUCAUUUUCACCAACGGGCAAUUCCUCUACCGUGUCGGCUAUCUGCUUUGCUCGGCUUGUGGAGUGUUCAUUUCGCCUUUCUUCUACGCAUUCCAUCUGAUCGACGUUGUACUCUCUUUCCCUAUGUUAAAAGCAAUUCUUCAAUCUGUUACUCAUAACUUACAACAGUUGAUCCUCACCAUCAUGAUGGUUUUGGUGGUUGUGUAUCUGUAUACAGUAAUCGCAUUCAAUUUCUUCCGAAAGUUCUUUGUUCAAGAAGGUGAAGAUGGUGAGGAACCGGAUCGCAAAUGCCACAACAUGCUCACGUGUUUCAUCUACCACUUCUACGCUGGUGUGCGAGCUGGUGGGGGUAUUGGAGACGAAUUAGAAUCACCAUAUGGAGAUGAACUCGAAUACCCACGAAUGUUCUAUGAUAUCUCGUUCUUCUUCUUUGUCAUCGUUAUUCUUGUUGCCAUCAUGCAAGGUUUGAUCAUCGAUGCCUUCGGUGAACUUCGUGAUCAGCAAGAAUCAGCGACAGAAAAACUCGAAUCGUCAUGCUUCAUUUGUGACAUUGGCAAAGAGACAUUCGAUCGAUUGCCAAGAGGAUUCGAAAUCCACACUACCAAGGAACACAACUUUGCCAACUAUCUAUUCUUCUUGCAACACUUGGUUAAUAAAGACGACACUGAAUACACAGGUCAAGAAACAUACGUUCGAGAGAAAUAUGAUAAUAGGUUUGUGCCCUUUCCAAUUAAGUUUUUCCGAAUACUUAGAGAAAUGUGGUAG